AUGAAGUGGACUUGUAGUUUCCUUCUUGCUGCUGCCCUGCUAGGCUGUCUGGCUGAUGCUCAAUAUUUCCAGAGGCCCCAACAGCCUCAGGCUCCACAAUACCAACCACCACCACCACCACCUCCUCCACCACCUCAGCAGCCUCAGAAGCCACAGAAUCCCUCCAAGCAGUCCACACCUUCGCAGCCCCAGAGGCCUCAGCAGCCUGCAGCAGAAUUUCACACGUGUGAUGUGGCGGACAACUACAAGAUCCAGUGUGGGGCCCCUGGCAUCUCUGCCUCAGAUUGUGAAGCUAUAAACUGCUGCUUUGACGGGCGCAUGUGCUAUUAUGGAAAAUCUGUGACUCUUCAGUGCACAAAAGAUGCCCAGUUCAUCAUUGUGGUAGCCAAAGAUGCCACCCUACCCAACAUUGACUUAGAGUCAAUUUCUUUCUAUGGAAAUGAUCCAAACUGCAGCCCUGCUGGUACAACUUCAGCCUUCGCCAUCUACCAGUUCCCUGUCACUUCCUGUGGCACGGUCAUGACGGAGGAACCUGGUGUUUUAAUUUAUGAGAAUAGGAUGUCGUCCUCAUAUGAAGUUGCUAUUGGACCUGACGGAGCAAUCACCAGGGACAGCCACUAUGAGCUGCUUGUCCAGUGUAGAUACAUUGGCACCUCAGUUGAAGCUCUGGUGAUCGAGGUUGGCGUAGUUCCUCCUCCGCCCCCAGUUGCAGCUCCUGGACCCCUGCGUGUGGAGCUCAGGCUGGCCAAUGGACAGUGUACUGUCAAGGGAUGUGUGGAAGAAGAGGUGGCCUACAGUUCCUUUUACGCCGAUCAGGACUACCCAGUCACAAAGGUCCUCAGAGAUCCUGUGUAUGUCGAGGUCCGAAUGCUGGAGAGGACCGAUCCUAACAUUGUUUUGACUCUUGGAAGAUGCUGGGCAACUGCUGACCCCCACCCCCAUAGUCUUCCUCAGUGGGACUUACUGAUUGAUGGCUGUCCGUACCGUGAUGACCGUUACCUGACCACCCUGGUCCCUGUGGAUGCAUCUUCAGGGCUCAUGUAUCCAACCCACCACAGGCGUUUUAUCUUCAAGAUGUUCACAUUUGUGGCUACUGGACCCGCUAAUCCCAGCAAAGAUGGGGCUGCUGAUGCAGAGGUUAUGACUCCUCUCAAGGAAAAGGUGUAUAUCCACUGUAAUGCAGCCGUGUGCCAACCAUCUGUUGGAAAUAAUUGUGAAGCUAGAUGCUUCAGACAGAGGAGAGACAUCGCUGCUUCUGUCAAGAGAGGCCCCAGAUCAGAGACCACUCUGGUUAGCAGUAAGGAGAUUAUCUUCAGUAAUGGCCUGUAA